AUGGGUCUGAGAAUGGACAACCUACAUGCGCCGACAGUGGCGUCGGGCCCCAGUAGCACGCAGGCAAAUGGCGCAGAAAGAGAGAAGCUGUCGCUGCCAGAGCUCAUUGCUGAGAAGGAUCGCGUGUGGAGCGAGUUGUCUGCACUGGGCUCAGUUCUGGACAGCGUGAGUUCUGCCACUUUGGACUGUGGUAUACCCAAGCUGACAACCACAUGUGCANNGCACGGUGUCAACAUGAGUACCUCGCUACUCACCUUCGAUGGCUACCCUCGUCCCGACCUCGACAUUGCCCAGAUCCGCACAACACGCGCACGCAUCAUCCCAUUGAAGAACGACUACAAAGACCUGAUGGCCCGCAUCGAGAAGGCCAUGCAUGCACACUGGGAGAAUGCAGCAGCAGUCCUCCCACCAGUAGCAGCAGCACAAGCUCCAGCCCAGACUGCCGAAGCAGCGCGAAGCUCGCGCGUCGCACUCGAAGCACCGUUUGCCAAAGUCAACAGCGUCGUCGCAUCGUCACCAGCAGCCACAGCAGGUCUCAAGCCUGGCGACAAGGUUACAAGAUUCGGCAACGUGGACUGGAUGAACCACGACAAGUUGAGCAAGGUUGCGCAGACUGUACAGCAGAGUGAGGGCGUCGCUAUUACGGUCAAGGUCAUCAGGCCUGCAGCAGCGGGUGCUGGCGAGCAUAGGUUGGAGAUGCAGCUCAUACCACGACACAACUGGGGAGGCAGGGGUAUGCUGGGCUGCCAUCUGUUGCCUCUUUGA